UGUCCCUCCCCCAAAAUGGCGGCCUCUGAGGGCGAGCCAGAAGGCGGCGGUGGUCGCCGGGCGGGAGCCUGAGCCCCCGCGCAGGACAUGGUACAGGGUGAAGAGCACAGAUAAAGAGCCUCCUGCCGCUCUGCAGCCUGCACCCCUGGCCCUGAGGACUUCAUGCAGGACGCAGGCUGAUGCCCUCAGCACACGUGGCCAUGGAUGGGGGGAAGAGCUGCCCUCAGCACGAGCAGCAGCUCGCAGCCGAUGCUCUCUGCAGCAUCCCUGGCUUCUGCUCCCCGCUCGCCGUGCCGCCCAUGGAGAGUUCCAUGUUGGCUGCCGACUCGUGGAGUGACUGCUAUCCUGCUCCUUUCCCAACCUCAUCUUUCCCAAGUGAAAACCAGCAAUAUUUUAAUUCCUCUCACGAUUUUUAUAUGAAUCCCAUCAGCAGACCACAUUUCUUGGAUACAAACUAUGCAUCUGUGGACCCCACUGACUUCUUACCAAAAAAUGGUGAUUUUCCUCAGGACUCUUCAUACCUCGAUGAGCUCUCCAACAAUAACUCUCUCUUCUCAUCUCCUGCGGAUUCCCUCUCUGACAUCGUGGAUGCAAAGGACUGCUUGCCUGCUGACAGCCUGAACCACGUGCCAACCAUAUGGGAUGUAAACACGUCACAGCAGAACCAAACAGAGCUGUUCUCAGCCAGCAGAUCAUUCAGUGGCUUAAACAGUUCGGACGACCGCAUUCCUGCUGUCCCCAACACCCCCCUCCUCAUAAGCUACCAGUCUCAAGUUCCUGCAGAAGAGGAGGAUGAAGGUGAUGAGGAAGAAACAGAAGAGUUGGGGCAAACAGAAACCUAUGCAGAAUAUGUACCUUCAAAAUCCAAGAUUGGGAAGCACCACCCUGACCUCGUGGUUGAAACGAGCACCCUGUCCAGCGUUCCCCCACCCAACAUCACCUACAGCCUUUCUCUGCCAAGCUCCGUUGCUGACAAAGGGUCACUCUCUGCACUACAGCUGGAAGCAAUCAUUUAUGCCUGCCAGCAACAUGAAGUUUUAUUACCCAAUGGGCAGCGAGCUGGCUUCCUCAUUGGGGACGGCGCCGGAGUUGGAAAGGGCAGGACAGUUGCAGGCAUCAUCUUUGAAAAUUAUCUUAAAGGGAGGAAAAAAGCUCUUUGGUUCAGCGUUUCCAAUGAUCUCAAGUACGAUGCUGAGAGAGACCUGAAGGACAUUGAAGCCUCCCACAUUCCUGUGCAUGCUUUGAAUAAGAUUAGAUAUGGAGACACAGCUACCUCAGAAGGAGUCCUCUUUGCCACUUACUCUGCUCUCAUUGGUGAGAGCCAGGCAGGAGGGCAGCAUAGGACGCGCUUAAAACAAAUUCUGGAUUGGUGCAGGGAAAACUUUGAUGGAGUUAUUGUAUUUGAUGAAUGCCACAAAGCCAAAAAUGCCAGCUCUACUAAAAUGGGCAAAGCAGUGUUGGACCUUCAGAACAAACUGCCUCAAGCGAGGGUUGUUUACGCCAGUGCCACAGGUGCCUCUGAGCCAAAAAACAUGAUCUAUAUGAGCCGCCUGGGAAUCUGGGGGGAAGGCACCCCAUUCCAUGCAUUUGAUGAGUUCCUGCACGCAAUUGAGAAGAGGGGAGUUGGUGCAAUGGAGAUCGUGGCAAUGGACAUGAAGGUCAGCGGAAUGUACAUUGCCAGGCAGCUCAGCUUCACUGGAGUGACCUUCAGGAUCGAGGAGAUCCCGCUGGAUCAGCAGUACAAGAUUGUCUAUGACAAAGCAGCAAAGUUGUGGGCAGAGGCCUUGAUGGUGUUCCAGCAGGCAGCUGACCUGAUCGGCUUGGAGUCUCGGAAAUCCCUGUGGGGUCAGUUCUGGUCAGCUCACCAACGCUUCUUCAAGUAUCUCUGCAUUGCUGCUAAAGUCCGGCGCCUCGUUGAGCUUGCCAAGGAGGAGCUGGCAAAGGACAAGUGCAUCGUCAUCGGCCUGCAGUCCACGGGGGAGGCUCGCACCCGAGAAGUCCUGGAUGAGAAUGAUGGGCACCUCAAUUGUUUUGUUUCUGCUGCAGAAGGCGUCUUUCUAUCACUAAUUCAGAAGCACUUUCCUUCAACCAAAAGAAAGAGAGAAAAAGGAACUGGCAUUAAAAGAAAACGCAAGCAGAGGGGCCGCUGCGCCAAGGCUCUGAAGGGCAUCUGUGACCCCGUGGGGGUGAUCAAGAUCAGCGAUGACAGCAGCACCGACUCUGACAUGGGGCUCGACAGUGACUUCAACUCCUCCCCAGAGUCUGUGCUUGAGACCGACGAUGUCAUCUUCAUUGAGCACGCCUUCAAUGGCUUUGUGACCGAGAGCAGAAGUAAUUUUCACAUGCUGCCUUCACAUAAAGAGAUGCAUGGCCUGAGAGAACUGGAGCAUGUGGAAAAGAUGAAGCAGGACCUACUAGCAAAAGUAAAAGCACUGGGCAAAGAGCUACCUCUCAAUACCUUGGAUGAACUGAUCAAUCACUUUGGGGGACCGGAGCACGUGGCUGAGAUGACUGGGCGAAAGGGCCGGGUGGUUUGCAGGCCAGAUGGCUCUGUCAUGUUUGAGUCUCGUGCAGAGCAAGGCCUCUCUAUUGACCACGUCAACCUGAAGGAGAAGGAGCGUUUUAUGAGUGGGGAGAAGCUUGUAGCAAUAAUCUCGGAGGCCUCCAGCUCAGGAAUCUCUCUCCAAGCAGACAGACGGGUGAAAAACCAGAAGCGCCGGGUCCACAUGACACUGGAGCUGCCCUGGAGUGCAGACCGCGCCAUUCAGCAGUUCGGUCGGACGCACCGAUCAAACCAAGUUUCUGCUCCAGAGUAUGUCUUCCUUAUCUCUGAGCUUGCUGGAGAGAGGAGGUUUGCCUCCAUCGUGGCAAAACGUCUGGAGAGCCUAGGUGCCUUAACUCACGGAGACCGGAGGGCCACUGAAUCCCGAGACCUCAGCAAGUACAACUUUGAGAAUAAGUAUGGGGCUAAAGCACUAGACAGAGUUCUCUCCACCAUCCUCAACUACACGGAGAACAGAGUUCCUGUGCCCAAGAGCUAUGAGAGAGGAGAGGCUGCAUUUUUCCAGGAAAUGAAGCAAGGUCUUAUCUCUGUGGGGAUCUGCUGCAAUCAGUUGAAGUAUGGCACUGUCUCAGUAGAGAAAGACUGCUCCAUCACCAAGUUCCUCAACCGGAUCCUGGGCCUGGAGGUGGACAAGCAGAACAUGCUGUUCCAGUAUUUCUCUGAUACCUUUGACUAUCUGAUUGAAAAGGACAAGAAAGAGGGCAAAUAUGACAUGGGCAUCCUAGAUUUAGCUCCAGGAAUUGAUGAGAUCUACGAGGAAAGCAAGGAGGUCUUUCUGACCCCUGGGCACCCGCAGGAUGGGCAGGUGGUGUUUUAUAAGAUCAGUGUUGACAGAGGACUGAAGUGGGAGGAAGCUUAUGAGAAGUCACUGAAACUGACGGGAUCUUAUGAUGGGUUCUACCUCUCCUACAAGACACGAGGCAACAAAUACACCUGUCUGCUGGCAGAGCAGGGCCGUGGCAAGAACUUCAUCCUCUACAAGCCAAAUAUUGGGAAGCAGAGCCAGCCUGAGAGCUUGGACAGUCUGCACAAGAAGUACCGGCAGGUGACACCGGAUGAAGCCAAGGAGCACUGGGAGAGCUGUUAUCACUUCUCCUUGAAGAAGUGCAACCAUGCUGUCUGGAACAGGAGCUGCAAGCUGAUCCAGGAGGGGAAAGAAUGUUUCCAGGGCAUGCGCCUGCGUCACUACUACAUGCUGUGCGGAGCCCUGCUGAGGGUGUGGAGCAGGAUUGCCAGCAUCAUGGCAGACAUCACUAACACCAGCUACCUGCAGAUCGUCCGCCUCAAGACCAAGGAGAAGAAGAAACAAGUCGGGAUAAAGAUCCCCGAGAGCUGCGUUCGGAAGGUGCUGGAGGAGCUGAAGCAGAUGGAUGAGAACGUGAAGCGGAAGCACAACCGACUCCUCCAGGCACAAGAGCAGAGCCUGCAGUUCUCCCUCCCCCUGCACGGGAGGCAGCAGCCCCUGGACCUCACGCACGCAGCGCCUGGGCUCUCCUUACCACAGCACUCCCUGCGCCAGGACGAGAUCCUGGACCUGACCUACAGCCCUCCCAGCGACAGCAUUUCUGACAUGAUGAACCCGGAGCCCAGCCCUCUGUGCUUCCCCCCAGAGCCUGUGCUCCAGCCCCACCAGCAGCACGGAUCUCCCUUUGGCUUCGGCCACCUUUCUGCCUUCAAAAGCCCGGACACCAUCCUGGAGGGCAGCGUGCCUCUGAGCUCUUCCCUGCAAGAACAUCAGCCCCUGCCUCACCCUGAGCCCUCACAGACUCUGCAGCAGCAGGAAGAUUUUGUUCAACAGGAUGGAAAUAUCAAUUUCAGAGAGAUCCUGGAGGACAUGCUGAGGACGUUCAAUGGGGCCCCUCAAGAGAACAUUCUCCCCCAGGAGCGCCAGAGUGUGAUCCAGUUCAGUGGGCUUUUCCCAAACUUCUGAGAGCCUCUGGGUGCACGGGGUGACUCUCAGCCACUGCAAAUCCAUAUCCUUUGGUGCAGAGAUGAGGGCUAGGGAGCCCUGGCUUUUCUACUGGUUUGGACUGAUCCGUCUCUUUUAUUGAGGGAAGAAGAAAAAAAAAUUAUAGUUCCUUAAAGCAAAGUUUAUUUAUAUAUAAUAUACAGUCAGGCAUGUAUAGAUUUGUAUAUAACGUGCUUGGGGGUUCAGCUGAUCUGGACUGAUGGUCUCUGCUGUGUUCAAGUCCUGCUCACGGGUCAGUGCUGUGUGAGACCAAGGAGAGACACCCAUCCCCUGCAGACUACUGAGUUUCCAAGCCAAGUCGUGCCUCUCUCAGCCCAGAGCACUGCAGCUGCAGCCCCUGAAGCUGCCUCAGCUUUGCAGCAGUUGCAGGAACUGACUGCACCAGCACCUAAUUAGCCGGGAUCGUGGCAGAGCUGCUGAGUUUGGCACAGCUCAGCCAGGCUGGGACCACGCAGGGAUUGCCUGGAGCCUGGGGGCCGUGAGUCCCACUGACCUCUCCUGAGCCUGCAGGGCUGCUGCAGCUGGCCGUGCUUUUCCCACAUUUUGCUGUCGUGUGCUUUUUGUCCUGGCCUUCUCCCCAGCCCUGUGCUGCUGGGUUUCUUGGCUGGGACAGGGACGGCCCGGCUGUGUCACCCAGCACUGCUCUCAGCCCCAGGUCCCUGGCGAGCACAGGGAUGUGCAGUAUUGCUGCUCAUGCUGCAUAUCCAACCUCCAAUACCAAAGAGCAAACGUCUGCUUUGCACUGCACUGCCCCACAUCCCCACCUGUCCCAGCAGCAAGGUGGGCGGCUGCCCCCCAGCACAGAGGGCAUCGCUGCCAGCCCUGCUCCACACCUCGCACCUCGGCAGGUCCCGGGGACUCAGCUUUUGUUUUCUCUGCUUAACCUGAGGAGUGUGGCAGGGAACUGGCAGCGUUGCCCUGGGGCAGCUGCUCUGCAUCCUCCCCUCUGCAUCUGUUCUCUGCAUUCAGUCACCUGGGCGUCCCUGGAAGCAGCACCGGGAUGCUUUCAGGGGAAGGAUGUGAGCCUCUCCCCAGCUGGCCCAGCUCUCAGCGAGGACCCCUGCCCAGAAGGUCUGUCUUGAGGGGCUGCAGCUCUACAUGAGCUCCUGAGCCCCUCCAGGCACAGAAGCCCCAGCUUUGGGAAGCACCAUGGGUUGCUGCAACCCCAGAGACUGAGGGCUGCCUGCCCCACUGCGCUGAGAGCAGGGGCAGCCGUGGGCUCCCUGCCCCCCCCCCCCAGCCUCACUGUUUGCCCCUGUCCAAGGAACCCUCCUUACCUCACAGCCCACACCAAAGAUGGGAGCUCCUGCCCCCAGGCUCCCAGCAGGGCAGGGCUCUCCUCUUCCCCUCCUAUUGAAAGUAUUUCCCAGCUCACAACACUCACUUUCACUCACUUGGCACUUGCUGAAUUCUCAGCAACCAGGGAAAAGGGUACCAAGAAAACCCAUUUCAGAGAGACUCAAACUCAGGAAUCACGAGGUAUUCCCACCUGGUGCCCUUUGCCCACCCCUGUGCCACGUUAGCAGAGUCCCACGUGGCAGCUUUGACACACGAUGUUAAAAUAUAUGCAAUUAUCCCUCCCCCAGCUCUGGAAGACAGAGAGCACCUUCAAGGAAACCCCUCCCUGCCCUGAUCCUGUGUUUUUGUCAGGGUUAAUAAUAUGUAACGAUAUCUUUUAACUAAAUUAUUAUGCCGUUGUCCUACUGAUUGUAUGUAUUUUUAAAUGAGUCCCUCUUUUUCUUCCCUUACACCUUUUUGUUAGCACUUUUUAAUCUGCUUGUCGUUGGCCUUUGUUUUUUUUUUCUAUGUGUAUUUAUAAUUAAUUGAGAUGUAUAUAUGUAAAGAGAUUUGUUUUUUUUUUUUUAGAACAUGUGCCUUGGACUAAUAAUUCCUGAAUUUUCUACUUGCCUCAGAAGGAUCAUUUUUCAAUCUGCUCAGUAAAAAGGAGCCACACGUGA